AUGUGUGGAAAUGAAUCGAUAAUUCUUGAUGGUGACUCUAAACCUGGUACAUUUUUCCAAUUAACAAGCAGCAGUAAAUAUCAGCCGAAUUUCCAGUGUUCUAUCAAAUUUCGUACGGCUCAACAAACACAACGAUUUGUUAUUACAAUAGAAAAAAUGAAUAUUGUUAAUUGUCCAAAUGAUUUAUUAAAAAUAUAUGAUGGUUCAACAUUACUUAAUAAAGAUGUUACACAACAAUGUGGUACGCCUUCUUUAUUCACUUUUACUACUACAACAGGACAAGCAACAUUUACAUUUACCAGUGGUCCAGGUACUAAAUCAUCUGGUUUUCAAAUAGCUGUUGCACUUCAUUUUCCAGGUAAAUGA